AUGGCCAAGUGCACCGCCGCGGGCGCCAAAGGCGGGUCCGCGACGGCCAAGGGCACCGCCGCGGGCGCCAAAGGUGGCUCCGCGACGGCCAAGGGCACCGCCGCGGGCGCCAAAGGCGGGUCCGCGACGGCCAAGGGCACCGCCGCGGGCGCCAAAGGCGGGUCCGCGACGGCCAAGUGCACCGCCGCGGGCGCCAAAGGCGGGUCCGCGACGGCCAAGUGCACCGCUGCGGGCGCCAAAGGCGGGUCCGCGACGGCCAAGUGCACCGCCGCGGGCGCCAAAGGCGGGUCCGCGACGGCCAAGGGCACCGCCGCGGGCGCCAGAGGCGGGUCCGCGACGGCCAAGUAUACCACCGCGGGCGCCAAAGGCGGGUCCGCGACGGCCAAGGGCACCGCCUCGGGCGCAAAAGGCGGGUCCGCGACGGCCAAGUGCACCGCCGCGGGCGCCAAAGGCGAGUCCGCGACGACCAAGUGCACCGCCGCGGGCGCCAAAGGCGGGUCCGCGACGGCCAAGUGCACCGCCGCGGGCGCCACAGGCGGGUGCGCGACGGUCAAGUGCACCGCCGUGGGCGCCAAAGGCGGGUCCGCGACGGCCAAGUGCACCGCCGCGGGCGCCAAAGGCGGAGCAGACACGGAUGCGCCUCACCCAAUGCUACCUCCGUGUCCCGAAGGACACACAUUCGGUCAUGGCGACAAGAUGCAUUUGCCUGCCUUCAUUCGUGCAUAUGGGAAGGCGGACCCAGACAAGCGGAAGAUGAAGGUGGAAGGCGUCGAUAGCGAUGGGACCCCAUCUUCUCAUGAGUUUGUGCUCCACGAGCAACCACUGGCCGAUAAAGACCCUGACGGUGAAACGACGGCAGGUGACGCGACAGAUGUCGACCGAGUUUGUGCGGGAGGUUGUCAAGCAGCUUGA